AGUGCCACGCGGGCCCCGAGCGCCCCGGCAGCGCCAGCGCCGGCACCAUGCCCGCCCUGCUCGAGCGCCCCAAGCUCUCCAACGCCAUGGCCCGGGCCUUGCACCGGCACAUCAUGAUGGAGCGGGAGCGCAAGCGGCAGGAGGAGGAAGAGGUGGACAAGAUGAUGGAACAGAAAAUGAAGGAAGAGCAGGAGAGGAGGAAGAAGAAGGAGAUGGAAGAGAGAAUGUCGCUAGAAGAAACCAAAGAGCAAAUCUUGAAGUUGCAGGAGAAGCUGUUGGCUCUCCAGGAAGAGAAGCACCAACUUUUCUUGCAGCUCAAGAAAGUUUUACACGAGGAGGAGAAACGGAGGCGGAAAGAACAGAGUGAUCUAACCACUCUGACACCAGCUGCAUACCAGCAGAGCCUGACAGUUCACACGGGAACGCACCUUCUCAGCAUGCAGGGGAGCCCUGGAGGACAUAAUCGCCCAGGCACCCUUAUGUCAGCUGACAGAGCCAAGCAGAUGUUUGGACCCCAAGUACUUACUACCCGGCACUAUGUGGGCUCAGCUGCUUUUCCAGGGACACCAGAGCACGGGCAGUUCCAAGGCAGCCCAGGCAGCGCUUACGGAACUGGGCAGCCCCCACCCCAUUAUGGACCCACUCAGCCAGCCUACAGUCCUGGCCAGCAGCUCCGAGCCCCUUCAGCGUUUCCUGCAGUGCAGUAUCUGUCACAGCCACAGCCACAGCCCUAUGCCGUCCAUGGCCACUUCCAGCCCACCCAGACAGGGUUCCUCCAGCCUGGUGGGACCUUGUCCUUGCAAAAGCAGAUGGAGCAUGCAAACCAGCAGACCGGCUUCUCUGACUCAUCCUCGCUGCGCCCCAUGCACCCACAAGCUCUUCAUCCAGCCCCUGGCCUUCUUGCUUCUCCCCAGCUCCCUGUGCAGAUGCAAGCAGCAGGAAAGUCUGGCUUUGCAGCCACCAGCCAACCCGGCCCUCGGCUUCCCUUUAUCCAGCACAGCCAGAAUCCACGAUUCUACCACAAGUGACCACCAUCCAACUCUACCUUCCACCUCACCCUACUUCCUGCCAUAGAUCCUGUGUGUCCCAGGUCAAUAAAAAUCUACCCUGCCACUGA